AUGGAACUCUCUGUUAUUGGUAAUGGAUAUCAUCGCCAUCUCCUUCAGACUCGGUUGCCCACUCCUUCUGUAAUGGCUUCUGCACCGCAUUCUGUCCCCAGGCUCAAGAAUCAUCGCCCUAACUCUAUCGCCAUUGUCCCUAAACAGCCUCAAUUCCUCCCCGACUCCCCAAAUGGUAAACUCUCCAAUGGCGGCCAGAGGCGCCACUCGAAGUCAUACCUAGAGAGACAGUCCGCUAUUGCUCAAGUUAAGGACUGCUCCGAGUUGGCUCCGGCUCUUGCCAGGUAUGGUGGACUACUAAAAGCGCAAGAUUUGAAUGUUAUACUGCGGCAUUUUGGGAUGUCAAGUAGGUGGCAGGAUCUAUCUCAGCUCUUUGAGUGGAUGCAGCAGACUGGAAAGACCAAUGUUUCUUCUUACAGCAGCUAUAUAAAGUUCAUGGGGAGAGGCCUUAAUCCUUUGAAGGCACUAGAAAUAUACAAUAAUAUUCAAGAAGUAUCAAUAAAGAAUAAUAUUUAUAUUUGUAAUUCUAUCCUCAAUUGUCUGGUGAGAAAUGGCAAGUUUGAUACCAGUGUUAAGCUGUUUCAUCAAAUGAAGAAUGAUGGCUUAUGUCCAGAUACAGUUACAUACAGCACGAUGCUUACUGGUUGUAUCAAGGUUGAACAUGGUUAUGCCAAAGCAUUGGAGCUUCUUAAGGAGUUGCAAAACAAUGGACUAUGCAUGGAUUGUGUGUCGUAUGGGACACUGAUAGCUGUUUGUGCUUCACAUAAUAGAUUGGAAAACGCAGAGAGUUUCUUCAACCAGAUGAAAAAUGAAGGCUAUUCGCCAAAUAUGUUCCAUUAUGGCUCUCUACUCAAUGCUUAUUCAAUGAGUGGAGAUUAUAAAAAGGCUGAUGAGCUGAUCGAGGAUAUGAAAUUGAAGGGGUUAGUACCAAAUAAGGUGAUUUUAACAACAUUGCUGAAGGUUUAUGUCCGGGGAGGUUUGUUUGAGAAAUCAAGGAAACUCUUAUCAGAACUGGAAGCCCUUGGCCAUGGUGAAAAUGAGAUGCCAUAUUGUUUGUUGAUGGAUGGGCUCGCCAAGGCAGGUGCUAUUAGAGAAGCAAAGGCAGUUUUUGAUCAAAUGAAAGAAAAAAACGUUAAAUCUGAUGGGUAUGCCCACAGCAUCAUGAUAUCAGCUUUUUGCCGAGGUGGGCUUCUAGAAGAGGCAAAACAGUUGGCUAAGGAUUUUGAAACCACAUAUGAUAGAUAUGACAUUGUAAUAUUGAAUACAAUGCUCUGUGCGUACUGCAGAGCAGGAGAAAUGGAGAGUGUCAUGCAAAUGCUUAGGAAAAUGGAUGAAUUAGCAAUCAGUCCAGAUUAUAAUACCUUUCAUAUCUUAAUCAAAUAUUUCUGUAAGGAGAAACUAUAUCUACUUGGCUGUAGGACCUUGGAGGACAUGCAUCGUCAAGGCCACCAACCAGAUGAGGAACUCUGUUCAUCUUUAAUAUCAUCUCUUGGGACGAUACGGGCUUAUUCCGAAGCAUUUUCGGUUUACAAUAUAUUAAAAUAUAGUAAAAGAACAAUGUGCAAGGCACUCCAUGAAAAGAUUUUGCAUAUUCUAAUUGCAGGUCGACUUCUCAAAGAUGCUUAUGUCGUUGUCAAGGACAAUGCAGGACUGAUUUCUAAACCUGCCAUAAGGAAGUUCGCUUUCAAAUUCAUGAAGUUCGGUAACGUCAACUUGAUAAAUGACGUAAUGAAGGCAAUCCAUUGUUCUGGAUAUAAGAUUGAUCAGGAUUUAUUUAUGAUGGCUACAUCACGUUUCAUUGAGCUACCUGAAAAGAAGGAUUUGUUUAUUCAAUUGCUACAAUGGAUGUCUGGUCAGGGUUAUGUCGUUGACUCAUCAACUAGAAACCUUAUCUUAAAGAACUCACAUUUAUUUGGUCGCCAGCUUAUUGCCGACAUUCUGUCAAAGCAGCAUCGAGUGUCCAAAGCUACAAGAUCUCAUGGGAACACUUGAAGGAGGUAAUUGAUCUUGUUUGACAUUAGAUUUUUGGGUUGGAUAGUGUGGAAAUCAAAGAUAGAGUUGUUUGUUAGUAUGACUGGUAAACACUUACAUUUAUUCAAAUAUAUGCUGUGUAUUUGUUAUGACGUUGGAGACUGCAGCUUUCUUAUUGAAAUUUCAUUAGUAA